UUCCGGCAGCUCUAUCGCUAUGGUACGGCCGGAGACAACCUGCUGCUGUCCUUAGGUGUGCUGAUGGCCGGUGUGAACGGCGCACUGUUCCCGUGCAUGGCGCUGGUGUUCGGUGACGCUAUCGGGGCCUUCGCCCAGGCGGACGGGGGCGUGGACAUGGACGCCGUGAACCAGGCCUCCCUCGACUACAUCUACAUCGCCGUGGCGCUCUUCAUCACCGACUACGUGGCGUACGUGGUGUUCGUCAACUCGUCCGAGCGGCAGAUGAAGGCGCUG